AUUGUCCUCUCAAACCUGCUCGGGUCUCUGCGCCGUCGUCCAAGAAUGGCCGCUGCUGCAGCAGGAAUAAACAAGCAGGGCGCCGUAGCGACGAUGGAGCCCUGUAUCCGACACGGGAGAGGAGCUAAUGGGAGCACGGUUAAGGUGCUGGAAUGUGGUGUUUGUGAGGAUGUCUUCUCUCUCCAGGGGGACAAGGUCCCUCGUCUUCUGCUCUGCGGCCACACGGUGUGCCAUGACUGUCUAACCCGGUUGCCCCUCCAUGGCAGAGCGGUCCGCUGCCCCUUUGACAGGCAGGUCACUGAGCUGGGGGACUCUGGAGUUUGGGGUCUAAAGAAAAACUUUGCUCUGCUUGAACUCUUGGAGAGACUCCAGAAUGGAGCGACUAACCAGUCAGGAAUGGCAGAGGACGCCUUGAAAGGCAUGGGAGAAUGUAUAAUUCGCUGCGACGAGGAUGAGAGCCACACAGCCUCCAUGUACUGUACCGUGUGUGCCACCCACCUGUGUGGCGAGUGCUCUCAGCUCACCCACUCCACUCGCACACUGGCCAAACACCGGCGGGUGCCACUGGCCGAUAAGCCCCACGAGAAGACCUUGUGCCCUCAGCAUCAGGUCCAUGCCAUCGAGUUUGUCUGCCUGGAGGAAGCUUGUCAGUCCGGGCCCCUCAUGUGCUGUGUAUGUAAGGAGUACGGCAAGCACCAGGGCCAUAAGCAUGCUGUUCUUGAGACUGAAGCCAAUCAGAUUCGUGCAUCCAUUCUGGACAUGGCCCACUGUAUCCGAACCUUCACAGAGGAGGUGUCUGAGUACUCGAGGAAGUUGGUGGGCAUCGUGCAGCAGAUAGAAGGUGGCGAGCAGAUAGUUGAGGAUGGAGUAGGCAUGGCACACACUGAACAUGUCCCCGGCACAGCAGAGAGCGCCCGCUCCUGCGUCCGAGCUUACUUUGCAGAUCUGCACGAGACCCUGUGUCGGCAGGAGGAGAUGGCGCUGAGCGUGGUGGACGCCCAUGUAAGGGAGAGGCUCAUCUGGCUGAGGCAGCAGCAGGAGGAUAUGACCAUCCUGCUGUCUCAGGUGUCCACCGCCUGCCUGCACUGUGAGAAAACACUUCAGCAGGACGACUGCAGAGUUGUUCUGGCAAAGCAGGAGAUCAACUGUUUGCUGGAGACGCUUCAGAAGCAGCAACACCAGUUCACUGAGCUGGCAGAUCACAUUCAGCUGGAUGCCGGCAUCCCAGUCACCUUCACUAAGGACAACAGGGUCCACAUUGGUCCAAAGAUGGAGAUCCGCGUAGUGACUCUGGGGCUCGAUGGCGCUGGAAAAACCACCAUCCUAUUCAAGCUGAAACAAGACGAGUUCAUGCAGCCCAUCCCAACCAUUGGUUUCAAUGUGGAGACGGUUGAAUAUAAGAACCUAAAAUUCACCAUCUGGGAUGUGGGUGGGAAGCACAAGCUCAGACCCCUCUGGAAACACUAUUAUCUAAACACUCAAGCGGUGGUGUUUGUGAUUGACAGCUGCCACCGGGACAGACUCAUGGAGGCCCACAGUGAGCUGGCCAAACUGCUGACAGAGAAGGAGCUGCGAGAUGCCUUGCUGCUCAUCUUUGCAAAUAAACAGGACGUUCCCGGCGCUGUGUCUGUGGAGGAGAUGACGGAGCUGCUAAGUCUGCACAAGCUGUGCUGUGGGAGGAGCUGGCACAUUCAGGGCUGUGACGCCCGCAGCGGGAUGGGCCUCCACGAGGGGCUGGAUUGGCUCUCCAGACAGCUGGUAGCUGCCGGCGUCCUGGACGUCGCCUAAAUGCCGCCUCCCUCCACAUGCGGACUCUUUUCACUCUCCCCCCCAACCCCCUGAAAUCUGAACACAAACCCCCAGCCUCUGAGCCUGGUUCAUCAGUUCUCCAAAAACGUUUUAACAUGAGCUUCACUACAAGGCUGCAGCUUUAAACCCGACUUCUCCACCUUUCCAUCUCUGAGCACCAUUGUCGGCAAAGAAAACAAAAGACGUAUAUAUCUUCUCUAGCUUCGUAAUAUGGGAACUACAAAUAUGUCUUCAAGCCUGCCCUUCCUGCAACUCCCGACCUCUGAGAAAUAGUCACUGGACCUAAAUCCUGAGUUGAGACUACGUCCUCCCAUCCUGCUUUAUGCCUUCAUGUGGCUUACACACUUCAUUUUUUCUUCAUAGUUUAGGUGAUGAGCUGUUUAUCUGGCAUUUAUAGCUUUUGAACUUAGGUCCAGUUAAAUGUUAGACAUGCUCCUUGUGCCCUGACAAAGUGAACUGUGUCUGUUUUUUCUACCCCACAUGUUAACUCACCAUAACCCUCCAAAUAUGUGACCUUGAACUGAACUAAAUGCACACCGGUCCAUGUUGUGAUGAUAGUAUCAUUUAUGUAUGCUUUUUAGUGCGCUUCAAAUCGUCCUGACUGUUGACUUUAGUCCCCUUUCAGUUUAUUCCAGUACACUUGCAGGUUAAGUGAGAUGGAACAGAAACAUUGUUAUGGUGUAAAGGGGACCUCUUAUGCACACUUUCAGUUCCAUAAUUUUAGUCUUGGAUUAAAUUUGGAGUAGCUUUGCAUGAUUCUCAAAUCAGAAUACUACAUAGUCAUCUUAUACUGGGGCUUUGGUGACAGUCUGCCCCACCACUUGGACUUUGCUCCAAAGUAAGGUUUCAAAAAGCUUUUUAUUCCCCCAUGGAAGUUCUAGUUAUUCCACUUCCUUCCAUAGAUUUCAAUUCAGGAUUCUUUGGCUGCCACACGUCUGCAACAAGCUGUUUUCUUCUGAUUCACACCCUUACACAUUACACAACUGUAUGCCUGCCAUGACCAUAUUAGGAUAUCCUCUCACGCUGGCAUAAUAAAGAGCCAAACUUAUUAUAAUGUCACCAAUAACAUACAAAUAGCAGAAAGGAAGGAAAAGCAUAAUAGGUCUACUUUAAAUGAACACAGUGGCUUCAAGCAGUCUAACGUUCAGAUUUUGCCUGGUCAUCUACCGUAAGCAAUAGCAGCUGAUUUUUUUCUUUGGAUCUUUGUGUGCAAAGUCUUUUGUUUUGUUUUUAAGAGUGUGAACAUAUUUAAAAGCCACAGCUGGUAAGGUUUGAUUUGAAUGUAGUGUUUUCUGUUACUAAGCAACUGUUUACUGAGCUCACUGAUGAGCGGGACGAGCAGACUUUACUUUGAUACAAGCUGUUGUGGGUUAAAAAAAAAGAAAAUCAGAGUUUUUAAAUGCACCGACUCUGCCUCCGUUUUGUUGAGCGUACUGCACGCAGAAUUUGUCGACUGCACUCGUCUGCCGCCUCGCUCCAGAGUUUCCAUUUGAAAGCAAAUGAACCACCUGCUGUUUCUUAAGUAGACUAUGAGUGUUAAGCUCAGUGCGAAAG